GUUCGAUAGAGGUGCAUCUGAACUGGUCAUCCAUGGUCUGGGCGCCGCUGUAUACAGGGCAGCCAGGUUGGCUCUUCAAUUAAAAGAAAUUCAUCAUGGGACUUUAGAUCUUGAUAUUAGAACAUCUACUAUUGCAUUAGUAGAUGAACUAGAGAGUUUAAGUGAUGAUGUAGACAACAAGAUAAACAACAGGCAAAAUUCUGCUAUACACAUACGAGUUAUUAGAAGAGUGCCAGUGGCUGUGCUGAGAUCUAAAUAGGAAGAAAUUGAUAUUGAAACUUUGCAAAAUUAUGUGUUUAAUCAAUAUGUUUAAUCAAGAUAAUAAGAUUAUGAUAGGAUGAAUACAAUUAUUAGUUAAAUUAAUAUUACAAUACAAAGCUAUAUAAUUUUUUACAAUGAUUUUCUCUCUGAACGAAUUGGUUCACUGGUUAGGCUUAACGAUCUUUGAGAUAUGGAUCAAUUUAGUCGCCUUAACAUUUUUUACUGUUCUGCUAGCUUUAAAAUUAGAUGAAAAUUAUUUUUUGGGACCAUCAGGAUGGUGGGAAGUAUUUUCACCGCUUUCUAUAGCUGAUGGUUUGAAUACAUAUUUUUGCGCAAUUAUAUUUAUAAGAAUGUAUAUGGAAGGAAUGAUCAAAGUAGGUAUUUUGCGAGCGCUAUGGAGUCAGACAUCAUUACUCUUGGUCUUUGUUUUUAAAUACCUUUUGUGUAAAAAGCUCUCUGGACAAAGCACAUUGGAGUAUUCAGAAAUUUUAAGUCCUGUAUUUAUUCUCCUGCAAUUGAUCGCUGUCAGAGCUUGCCAAUUACAUUAAGGGAAAUGAAAGAAAUUUGCACGAAGAAUUUUGCAUGAUACUACUUCCAAAUCUAUCACAUGUAAGAACAUAAGUUAUACGAUACUUGUAUAUAUUUUAUUAGAUUCAUUAUUUAAAUUAAAUCAUUUUUAAAAUU